AUGCCAAACUACAUCGUCACAGAGCCAUCCCCCUCCACCAACGCCUACGUCCGCUCCGGCCGCGGUGGUUACGGCAACAUCAGAAGGGCCAAGGACUCGUCGCACAAGCCCUCAACCACCUCCCACACCGUCACCUCUGCCACGGCCCCCUCGCGGCGCUUCUUCAGCGGCAUCGGCGGAGCUGGCAACGCCCACGAGGCGAGCGAGCACCCUCCCAUCUCCCUCGACGAGGAGUACGACCGCAUCGCCGCCCGUGACCACCUCUCUGCUGGCCACGUGGGCAUCGGCGGUGCUGGAAACGUCUAUCAUCGCAAGGAUAGCGAUGCUGCUUCCGAUGACACCACCGCCAGCGACGACUCGUCUCUGAGCUCCAAGGCCAAGUUGUGGGCCCGUGUCAGCAGCACCUUUAGCAGAGACUGA